CUCCUGUGUAAAUCAGUGACUCUGGGAUCCUCUGGUUUGGUCUGAAGAGCAGAGCCGAGCGGAGCUGAGAGAGAGCUGCAGCGCGGAGAUGUUUCGAAACCAGUAUGACAAUGAUGUCACAGUUUGGAGUCCUCAGGGGCGGAUCCAUCAGAUCGAGUAUGCGAUGGAGGCGGUGAAGCAGGGAUCUGCCACUGUGGGGCUCAAGUCACGCUCUCAUGCUGUUCUGGUAGCUUUAAAGAGAGCACAGUCUGAAUUAGCAGCCCAUCAGAAGAAAAUUCUCCAUGUUGAUAACCACAUUGGCAUUUCUAUCGCUGGACUGACCGCUGAUGCCCGGUUGCUGUGCAACUUCAUGCGUCAGGAGUGUCUGGACUCCAGAUUUGUCUUUGACAGGCCUCUUCCAGUAUCUCGCCUCGUCUCGCUCAUCGGGAGCAAAACCCAGAUUCCUACACAGCGGUACGGGCGCAGGCCAUAUGGUGUCGGGCUCCUGAUUGCAGGUUAUGAUGACAUGGGACCCCACAUCUUCCAGACCUGCCCCUCUGCUAAUUAUUUUGACUGUAAGGCCAUGUCUAUAGGUGCUCGCUCACAGUCUGCUCGCACGUACCUGGAGAGACACAUGGACGGCUUCUCUGACUGUAACCUGAAUGAGCUGGUAAAGCACGGUCUCUGUGCACUCAGAGAGACUCUCCCUGCUGAACAGGAUCUCACCACCAAGAACGUCUCCAUUGGAAUUGUGGGGAAGGACAUGGAGUUCACCAUCUAUGACGAUGAUGAUGUUGCUCCUUUCCUUGAAGGAUUAGAGGAGAGACCUCAGAGAAAGGUGGCUCAGCCUGCAGAUGAUGCUCCUCCAGCAGCAUCUGAUGAACCCAUGGAGCAUUGAGGAGAGACCCCUCUGAAGUGAAAGGGGAGCUGCAACAUUUACCCUGAGUAAAAUAAAUCUGUCACAACAACAGUAACUGUAUGACUUUGACUUUCUAUCUCCAUAGAGUUCGAUUCAAUAAAUGUUUCUUUUUUCUGAAA